CAAAACCUGCACAGUAACAUUACAUAAGCACAGUUUGAAGUGAGACCCCUGACCACCUCCCCCUCCCCCUGCUGUAACUACAGUAACGUUAUAUGGAAGCUGGUAGCAUGCAGAUAAGAGAGCAGAACAUUCUGCCCCUCCAGACCAUCAGACAAAAUGAUGGAGCUACCCAACUACAGCAGCCAGCUGAUGCAGCAGCUGUGGGCGCUGAGGAAAGAAGGCCACUUCUGUGACUGCACCAUCCUGGUGGGAGACAGCCCUCACCGCGCACAUAAACUGGUACUGGCCGCCUCCAGCAUGCUCUUCAGGUCUCUCCUGGAUGGCUCCGACACCAUCUCCAUUGACACGACCAUGGUUUCCUCGCAGGAGUUUGGCUGUCUGCUGGACAUGGUCUACACUGGCAAGCUGCCUCUCGGCAAACACAAUGUCAGCCGCAUUGUCGCCGCUGCAGACAGCCUGCAGAUGUUCGAUGUGGCUGUCGGAUUCAAAAACGUCCUCACCAGCCUUGUGAACCAGCAACCUGCAGUCCCAGUCCUUUCUACACAGACUCCGAGUCUCACAGCGAUCAACAAAGCACAGAGUACAAACCCUGAAGGUUCAGUUUCACCAAACAGGGACGACUUGACUUUAGACAAAACGGAGAUUAAGCCUGAGCUGAAGAAGGAACACAGUCAAAAUGGGUGUAAAGAUGCAGAGGAACCAGCAUGUAAGAGAACCUGUGUGGAGCUCUCUCAGUCCUCAGAGCCUGAAGAAUCCCAAUCCUCAGAGAGGGUAGUGGAAGAGAACAAUACAACAGCAGCCGAGGUAUCGAAUGGGCCUGUGUCAGCGGCUGGUCUUCUGGAACAUUCCUCUGAGCUUGUGGAGCUCCUCACCAACAUGUCAUCUGUCCUGGAGCUGCUGAGCCAGGCAGCACAGAAACACCUGGAUGAACAGGAGAGACAGAUUGUGUGUCAGUGCUGUGAGGAGGCAGAUCCCAGCUCAGCGCUGAAGAACCUGAUGAGCAGGGUGAAGGAGGGGCAGCUCAGCGAGGAAGCGCUUCUCAGUCUGCUCCGGACUGUUCAACAGAAAGCUCCUAACUCCUUCCCUACACCACUGCUCUCUUUGGUGGAAGAGGUGGAGAAGAACACACAGGAGCCAGAAAGAGACCAAACUGAAGUUGACUCAGAAAAGCAGGACAGUAGUGGAAGUGAAGAAAAGCAGGAGGAAGAGGAAGAGGAAGAAACCAUUAAGGAGGAGACUGAAGAGGACGACAAAGUCAAAACUGCUACGACAGACUCUUCCUCCCCCUCCAAGCCUUACUCUUGUCGCUGGUGUAAGAGGGGUUUUGCCUACAAGUGUCGAAUGCUGGCCCACAUAAAGCGCUGCCCCAUGUCCCAGGAGUGUGAGCAGCAGUGCCCGGAGUGCCCGGAGAAGCUGGCCAACCAGCGAGCCCUGCAGCGGCAUCGGGCCGAGGCUCACCGCAACACCACGCGAGUGAAGAAGAAGGUGGCCUGUGACCUCUGUGGGCGAACCUUUGCUCACCCAUCAGGCAUGAUUUACCACAAGCGCACAGAGCACUUUGAAGAGAAACCGUUUGCUUGCGAGGACUGCGGCGCAAAGUUCGGUGCCAACUCGUCUCUGAAGAACCACAUGAGGCUGCACACGGGAGAGAAGCCUUACCACUGCAAACACUGUGACAUGAGCUUCAGCGUGGCCGCUGCGCUUGCAUACCACACCAAGAAGAAACACUCUGAGGGAAAGAUGUAUGUGUGUCAGUAUUGUAAGGCCGUCUUCGCCCAGUCCAUUGAACUGACCCGUCACGUGCGAACACACACUGGUGAUCGGCCUUAUGUGUGCCGAGAAUGUGGCAAAGGUUACAGCCAAGCCAGCGGACUCACCGUCCACCUGCACACCUUCCACAAUUUGUCGGAGCCUCAUGACUGUCAGAAGUGUUGUCUCAGCUUCGCCUCAUUGGAGGAGCAUCGCCAGCACAUCCAAGAGUUUCACCCAAAAGAGUUCCACAAAUGUCCCACCUGUAAUAAGGUGUUCACCAGCGCCGCCCUGCUGGAAAAACACAAGGGCACACACACUGGAAGCAAGCCCUUCAGCUGCGACCUCUGCAACAAGUCUUACCAGCAACUGUCAGGCUUGUGGUACCACAACAGAACCAACCACCCUGAUGUGUUUGCUAACCACACACGGCAGCUCAAGACCCUGGUUCAGUGUGACGUCUGCUUUAAGUUCUUUCCCAGUGCUGCCACUGUGGCCAAACACCAGGCUGCUGAGCACCAAGGCUCAGCAGCGUCCGCGUUGCAUUGUCAGUACUGCCCGGCUGUGCUGGGCGGGGAGGAGGAGAUGCAGGAGCACGUCAGCAGCCAGCAUGUCAGCCAGAGCAGUGAGGGGUUCAGCUGCCCCCUCUGCUCCCUGGUCUGCUCCUCCCAGCUGGAGCUGCAGGAGCACCUGCUCGCCUGCCACGUGGAGGCCCAGGAGGAGCAGGAGGUCAGAGAGGAGCAGGCCUCCACCUCCCACACAGUGAUUGCAGCAGAUCCAACAGGCAGUGAGGAGGCGGAGUCAAUGAUCUCUGAGGAGCAGGCACAGCUGGCAGCUGCCCAGCAGGUGUUUGUGGCUCUGUCAGGUGGACAAGAGGGUGCAUCAUCAGCGGAGGUGGUGGAGGUCAACAUGUAUGACCUUCUGAACAGCUCAGUCGCCUUCAUCUGUGAGGACAAACCUCCAGGUCCUGACUCCUAACCACAAACUUUGAACCCUUGACGAUCACUCUAGACACUGAGCAGUUUUACUGUCUCCUUUGAUCAUGGACACAGCUACAACACAGGCUAAACUGACAUCAUCCACAAGCUAAGGACUCUUUGUGGUGUGGGUUCAUAUUUAGUCCACCAAAAUCUUUUCUGUGGUAGAGCUGUUUUGAUGUUUUAAUUAAAUGUGGUGAUAAAAUGUGUUUCAUUUUAGUUUAUAUGCAGAAACCCAGGUUGGUCUGUAAGGGUCGUGCCCAAAGAGCACAGGAAGUCGCUGACCUCCCUCAGGCUGCCUCAUCUAUCUCUCCUUCAGUUACUAUACUUACCACACAACGACCCCCUGGAUACAGACUGUGCACAUUCAAUUGAAGGUGAUGGUUUAGAGUGUGAAAGUUCUUGACCUUGGAAAACAGUUGUCAUGGACAAACUGUUUACCAGCUUUUUGUUGAGCUUUUAUCCGAAAUUCUGCAAAGUGUUCGCUGAGGAAGACACUGAACACAUGUUCAAAGUGAUGGUUUGAAAGUGUGUUCAUUGAAGGAUAAGGUUUGCUGCAUUCUGUAUUUCUCAUAUAGUCAACAAAUCGGGUGUUUAGUGCUGACGGAGCACACCAAAACGACGCUUCAUUGUUUGGCACCCUAUCCCUCCCUACUCCUCUCACUCAAUACUGGACUAGUUUCAAAAAUUGUUGUUCCUAUUAGUCACUUAGAUACAGACGUGGGAAAACAGGGUACAGGUUGAAAAAUAGCAAAGUUACCCUUAAAAAGUUGCUGGCACUAGCCUUUGAGUGGCACACUGAAUUAAAUUAUGUUUCUCAGUCUCUAAUUGGCAACUAUUAACCAGUUAAGACAAAAAGGCAACGAAACAUCCUUUCAUUUUAUAGUUAUAGAUGACUUAUGUCUAUGAACUUGCCACUACAGGAACAGGUUACAUAACCUUCGAAAUGAGCUACAACUUUGUUUUGCAUGUGCACACGUGUCAUAGGUGUGCUAUGGUAUUUAAACAAAUAGCACUGCGCCCCUGCAACAAAUCCCUUGAAAAGACCAACAAAGUGUCUGUAUCUCUGACUUCACAAACAGCAGGCAAUAGUUAAUUUGUCAGUGACUAUUUCCAGCUGUGGAUUUAUCCACAUAUGCCACUCGAAUAAUGCAGUGUUUCUCAAAUGGGGUUUGCACACCCUAGGGGUACUUUGGAGAACGACAGGAGAGGUUUUUUUUAAAUAUUUAUUUAAAAAAUAUCAGUCAUGCAUAAUUCCUAAAAUAAUAUCACUACAUUGUAAGUGCAACUUAUCAAAAAAAAUGCAGUUUAAUGCAACAACAAUGCUGUCUUAGUGUAACUGCAUGAUGACAAUAACCUGCUUUGCUAUGAAUGUAAGUGACAGAUUUGAGCUGAGGUGUCUCAGUGUUUUUCACUUACAAGGUUGUUGUAUUCAGUAGAUCAGAUGCUGAUGGCACAGCCCUGUGUUGUACCUCUUCAUAUAGGCUUUUUUUUCCAACCAAAAAUGUUUAGCACUGGUCACUUAAAAAAAUAUAUUUUAAGGUGGGUACAUUACUGAAAAAAAUAGAAUCAAGAAUCACUGUUCUACUGAGUAUUUUUGUGCAACAGGGCAGUGUAUGUGGGACUGAGUCAAAAUAAACGACAGUGUGCGUGUUCAUGGUAAUGAAGGAUUUGAUGUGUUUUUAAUAGUUUUUGGACAACAACGGCGCUCUAUGGUACAAAGGAAGAAGAUAUUUUAGGCUUUGAUACACAGCAAAUACUUGUCAGCAAAUACAUUCAUUAUUGAUUUGGGUCUUUUCAUGUGAUUUGUAAACAUAGACUGGAAAAAAAUGAUGGACAUAGCCACUGUGACAUCACCCACUGGUUUGUGGACUCCUGUUUUGAAGCCUUGAGUUUGGCAUUUUAGCCGUCGCCCUCUUGUCCAAGAAGGUGGAGGUGACCUAACGUUAGCUGCUAGCUUGGUUAGCACGAUGCAUUUACAGCUAUGGUUAACUGUUAUACUACUAAUGCUAAUUUUUGCAAGCAAAAAUGGCAUCAAACCAUUCAACAAAAUGUACCUAACAGAAAAACUGGACAUCCAAUUCUGUAGGGGGUCUUUGGGUCCAACCAAGCUCUGAACAAGACUUUUUAGACCACCAAAACGUCACAACUAGCUUUCAUGAGUUGAAAGCACACUGAAAUAGCAACAGAUACGGCUAAGCCUAUAUUCUGUGAAUCUGGGGUUACUCCAUGGUUGUAUUAUCUAACCAACAUUGUCGCUGUGGUAGCGACUUGUCAACAGACUUCACCCACCUGUCACUUAAAGCGGCCACACUCUAAUUACACAUAACUUUAAGCUUUAAUAAAAUGUAAACGGAUGUGUUAUAUAAAAAUCCAUCCCCCAUACAACUGUCAUGGAUGAGGAAAUUAAUUACAGAGAUCAAAACAGUUUUUUGUACGAGGCUGUAAACAUGUUUAUUUCAGUUGUAAAGUUGGGCAUUCUAACAUGGGGGUCUAUGGGGGUUGACUCGCUCUUGGAGCUGGCCUCAAGUGGCCAUUAGAGGAACUGCAGCAUUUGGCACUCUUCAUUGGCUUCAUUUUUUAAGCCCCGGAGGUUGCUACUUGUUUGUAAAAGACAAGAAAAAUAUAUAGAAUAUUGGCAGCCUUAUCCUUGGAUUUCUGAAGCGUAAAAGUAACAUAAGGCUGCAUUGCAUUCUGGGUUGUUUUCCCACUACUGAAGGGGUAGAGGCUGGUAUCACUCUUCUAUGCUGGAAAUCUUUGAUUGUGAAAAUGACAGCU